UUCAGCCAGUCUUCUUCUUCUUGUUUUUCUGGUGUCAAAGAUGCCGGUUGUUCGUGGUCAACUCUGGAUUUACUCUCUGACAUUUGCUUUUCUACAACUUUGGGGAAGAGUUUCAGCCUCCACCACCUCCCUGCCUCCUCUUCCGCCACCUACGCUGGACAUCUAUUCUAGGUCAAAGGACUCAGCAAUCCUGGUCUGCAGAGCACCCGAGGGUCACCAUGGGGUUGUGUUCAGGCUGUACUGGUUCAGAGAGGAGGUGGACUCUCGUAACCCGCAGUCAGAUGCCGAGGAGGUUCAGUUCACUGUUAGGAUGAAAGAAUGGGUUUCAGGCCAGCAUGAACUUUACUGCUGCAUGUACAGGAACCAGGAGGGCCGAUACAGUGCAUUCAGUCCCUAUUUGCAACUGGAGUGCCAAACAGAUGCUGCCCCGACUAGUACCAUUCCCUCUUUUCCCCCUCCAGUCUUAACCGUGAAGCCCUCCUCAGGUUCAGUAAAACGUGGGGACACACUGUCCUUCAGCUGCACAGUCCCCACUAACCCAGCCCGGUCAUCGUCCCUGUUUAGAAACCCAGCAACCUUCCUUUUGCUGAGGAAUAUGGAGGGAAAUAUAGUGACAUCUGUUACCCCUCAAUCUCUGGCCGGUCAGGUAUCAAACUCUGAACCACAACCUGGAGUCUUCACUGUGGGGCCGGUACGAGGAGGAGAGGAGGGCGAGUACACCUGCCUCUACCAGAUCAACGGAAAAAGGGCUCUGGUUAAUUCAACUGUCAGCAAUGUGGUUCAAGUCACUAUUACAGACAUGCUGCCAGUGCCCACCCUUGUUCUCCAGCAGCAGACAGAUGUGUGGCAUUUGUUGUGCACAGGGUCUCCUGCAUACCCCGGUGCUGUGUUCUCCCUCUACCUGGCGGAUAACAAACUACCCGUUGCCACUUACACUGCCAAAAUUAUCCACCAUCAAGCCGUUUUCCCAGUGCCGGUCCAGGACACUCCAGUGGCUCUGUACCAGUGCCAGUACAGUGUACAACUGGGAAGAAAAUGGAGUAACUCUGAACAAAGCCUACCUUUGACUGUAAUCAGAGGAACUUCCUCUCAAUCAUCACCAGAUUCCUCAGGUGUGGACUGGCCUCUUGUACUCGGCUCUUUUUCUGCUGUGGUUCUGUUCCUCUGUUCGUUGGCACUUGUGGUUGUGGUGGUGCACAGGAAAGUAAAAGCAGCUGCAGAGGAAAAGAAGAAAAGGCAGGAAGCACAGUUUUGGACUCAACUUCAUGCUAAAGACCACAUUGUUGAUCUUACACUCAGGCGUGCAAGCUUCACUUCUCAGGAAUGGGACAGCGGGGAGACCGGGUCAGCGUCUAGAUCCCAUCUCUGGAACCCUCUCUCCACAUUCACAACCCCGAUCCAUUAGAAAUGUUUGUUCCCUCUCCCCCCCUCUCUCUUUGUGUAUAUAUUUUAUCAGAGUUUAUCAGUGUAGCAUCAGUUGGAGUUGCACAGCAGGACAGGAAAGACUGUUUCCUCAGUUCCUAUUUCAAUAAUUGUAGCAGUAAUUGCACAUUUUGACAGGAUGUGAUGUGGGUUUGAUCAUAUGUGUAACUGAGCCAGUGAAUAUAAAUACAGAUUUGUAUUAUGAUUCCUAA